AUGGCCCGGCACGAGAGCGCUGGAGGCUUGACUUCAGACGCCAUAGAGGCUUUGAAAUUGGUAGCCCUCCGCUCGUGGCGUCGCAACCUCACUUCAUGGCUAUGCGUGCCCAUGGGAAUCCUCGUAAUUCUUGUAGCAUGUUUCGGGGUCAAUUCUCUCAUCGCCAUAUCCAGGGUGUCGUUCCCGGCUUCUGUGGCUUGUCUGAUCUUGUUAUUCCUGGCUCUGAUCUUGUGUGACAGUGCGAUUGGAGACAAGAGGACGAGGGCUAUAGUCAAGAUUAUCGAUGUACCUGCCGGAUUUGCAUUGAGAUACCUCAACAUCUUCUUCACUCCCUCAUUCAUCCUACUUCCAUUGAGCUCUCCUAUCAGUGGCACUGAAGUUGGGAAAAUCAUUGCCGUAUUCCUUAUCGGCUUCAUCGUUGUUUUCGCAGCAACAGCCUACCUAGUCCGCGGCCUUCAACUCCUCCUCGGCUCUUCCAAACGGGCCAUAACAGCCCGAACCAGAGAAACGGGCGACGAGAGCGACAGUAUCCCCUUCUCAGACAUAACGCUCAGCAACGGCAGACAGAACUUUGAAGCUCCCACCCUCGUCAGUGGCACAAGCACCACCGGCUUCGUGGACGAAGCCUCCACAAACGACCUGAUAGCCCCUCAACGAGCACACGAUUCUUCUAUUGUAAGAACCGCGGGCGAACCCCCUGGAGAGAUUGUAGCGCCCUCCGACACCCUUCGCCAGAACGCCCAAGGCGUGCUCCAGAUCCCCGUUCCCCUCACCCGUCCCCAACGCUGGGCCGCAUUUCUAAACGCAAACCUCGAUCCCUUCACCUAUCUCCUCAUCUUCCUCGCCGUUGGUAUACCAGUCUACUACACAACUGGAUACGCCAUGCCCGCCCAGCUCACGUUCACAGUCAUAGCCUAUCAUGCCGCUCUAGCUCUACCCUCACAGUGCAAGAGAUUCUUGCAUCCCGUGCUGGUGUCUUCCGCUCUUACUGUCCUCGGGGUUUUUAUCCUCGGGUCGAUACGUGGGGACAGUCUUUUGACGUGCCUGCAUGCUUUCAGAACAGGGACAUCCUACCUCUCCCUCUGGAAGGGCCAAAAGGAUCUCCAGAUGCCCGGUGCAGGCGACAUCCUGGUCUCCAUCCUCGACGCUGGCAUUGUUGCCCUCGCAUUGCCCAUGUUCACCUACCGCCUCGAACUCAAGCGGCAUUUCUUCGCAAUUGUAAUCCCCAAUCUUACAGCGAGUGUAGGAAGUCUGUUUGGGUAUCCGGCCGUGUGCUAUGCUAUUGGGAUAAGCGCUGAGAGGAGUUUGGCAUUCGCCGCGAGGAGUCUGACAUUAGCUUUAGCAACGCCCGCGGUGGUGAACAUUGGGGGCGAUGCAAAUACGGUUGCGGCGCUGGCGAUUAUGAGUGGGAUCUUGGGCGCGUUGGUUGGGACCCAGCUGUUGGAUCGGAUGAGGAUUCCUGAAGACGACUAUGUGACUAGAGGUGUAACGUUAGGGGGCAGCUCUUCGGCAAUAGCAACAGCGGUCCUACUUCAGACGGACCCCAGAGCUGCAGCUUUGUCGAGUCUGAGUAUGAGCCUCUUUGGCAUCAUAACAUUAGCAUUGACGUCGGUACCAGCAAUAGUGAAAGCUCUCAACUCUAUAGUAGGCAUGUGA